AUGGUAAUGGAAGGGCGUUGUUCAACGGAAAAGAGCCAUAAAGAGUGGCGUAGAAUAGCGAAAAGGGAACGUCGUAAACGUCUGCGUCGUAGAGCAGCCGCUGAGCGGGAAGCAGACGCGGAACGUCUGAGGGCAGCACUCGAGAAAAGCGCGGACUAUUUGAAUUGGCUGGAACAGUGUGAAGUCGAAGACAGGGAGAAAGAGAUUUGGGAGAAAGAGAAACACGAUCAAGAGGAAAAACUGUGGUUGGAGGAGGAGGUCAGAGCCCAAAAAGACUGGCAAAUUCUCCAAGAGCGAAAGCAAAAGGCACGACAGUUACAAUUGGAGCAAGAGGCGAAAAUCCGUGAAGAAUUCGAAGCGAAACAGGAAACUAUUCGUAAAAAGCAGGAAGAGGAUAAACGUAAGAGGGAGGAGGAUAUUAAAAAACGAGAACAGCUGUUGAAAGAAAUUGACGAUUACAUCGACGAUGGCAUCAAGACACCGGAAGCUUUGCGCGAAGUUAUCGACAGUCAACCGGGAAAGGAUCUUUGUCCCUUCUUCACAAAGACGGGCGCCUGCAGAUACGGAGAUAGUUGCUCGAGGAAUCACCGCAGGGUAUGUUUGAGCAAGGUGAUAUUGGUACCUGGUUUUUACACGCACUUCUCCUUGGAGAAGAAUUCCGCGGAAUACGACACGGACAUUGCACUGGAAUUCGAAAGUUCGGAAACGCGACAACAUUUUCGUGAAUUCUACAAGGACGUGGUGCCAGAACUCGAAUCGUUCGGAAAGAUAAAGACUCUGAAAUAUUGUUGCAAUACCGAAGUUCAUUUGCGGGGUAACCUGUAUGUGGAAUAUUACACGGAAAGGGAGGCUGCUAGGGCUUUGAGAAGAUUGAAGGGUCGUUGGUACGCUGGUCGUCAACUGAAUUGCGAGUUUGUCAACUUGAAAUCAUGGAGGAGCGCUGUAUGCGGAAUGUCGAAAUGCCCAAAAGGGAGGGCGUGUAAUUUUUUACAUACUUUUAAAAAUCCUCACGACGAGUACGAUAUUAAAAGUCCACCGCGGUGGAUGAAACAGUCGACAUCGGGUUCUCAAGAAUCCGCGAGCAGUAGAAAAAACGAACACCGAAACAAGUCGAAAUGGGAGGUCGACAGCGACGCGGAAGACGAUAAGAAUUGGAGGUGGUCCGAAUCUCCGGAACCUGAGGUAGGGCAUCGUUCGAGGAAUAUCGAUAAACGUCAUCGUUACUCCGACGAGAGGGAUUCUCGACAGAAAUCAACGCGCGACAAACGGCACGAGCAAUCCGACAGAGAUAAAAUUACCGAUAACAACGACCAAACGCCGGUAAAGCGUCGCCGAUCCAGAUCUAGAAAACAUUUCGAAGAAAAAACCAAAGACGAUAACGUUUCGAAUGGUCGCGCGUCCUCCCGAAGACGUAGCCGUUUAAAGAAAUACCAAAGAAAGAGGGAAGAUGAUAACGAGUACAACGUGUCGCCGAAACAUUCUCGUAAAAGCCAUUCGAGAAGCAGCGACCGAAGUAAUCGUUCGAAAACUCGUAAAUCGUCGAGCAGGUAUUCGAGGAAAGAGAAAGGGGUGGUGGGAAAAGGUAGGCAGAACUCGAGAAAUCAUAGCGAAUCGUGCGAAGAUUCUUCCAGCAGAAAAUCCAACGAUGCGUUCGAAAAAUCGAGUACCAUCGAAAUCGAGGGUGCUAUGCCCCGUAUAAAGUCAAAAUGGGAUAAAGAAAAUUCCGAACAAAUGGACUCGGAAAGCACGUCAUCAUCAGAUUCUGAUUUCUCCAGCGUCGUCAAAGAGAGAAAGACGAAAAAGUUGGAACUGCCUCGGAGGAUUUUGAAAAGAAUGUCCGAAGACGAAUGGGCUACGACAGAUUCUGAUGGUGAAAUGCAAACCAAGGAAAACGUAGGAUAAUGAACGUUACGUUUGUACAAAAUUCUCUGCAAC